AUGCUACUUUUAUUAUUAUCCUUAACCCGUUCAAUCGUAAAAAAUUAUGACAUUCCAUCUGUUUUCAAGUUUGGGCAGAAUAUGCUCGAUGGAACAAAGAAGACUUUUAGUUGGAAAUCAGGUUUAUAUGUUGGAACAAAUGAUUGGCCUUUUAAACCAGGAUAUUACCACAACUAUCAAUGGCUUGAUAACUAUCACUUAGGUUUUCUUGCUGAUGGAUUCACAUUUUUCGUUAUUGCCGCAGUAAUUUUCUUAGUUUGCAGCAUCUUCGGAUUUAUAUCCUAUUAUUGCUUUAAUGACAAACGAUCCGGCAAGAGUAAAUGCAUCUGCAUCCUUGCCCUUGUUUUCAUGUUCCUUACAACCAUUUUAGUUAUCAGUUGCAUUAUCCUAGUAGUUGUUGCAAGCGCCGAUAAGGUCUCAAUGGAUCAGUCAGCAUCAGGUUCUCCUAUGAGCAAUAUCUAUCAGCACCUUACUACCGUUCAAACAAGUUUUGCGUCAGGAAUCGAGACAAUUGGAAGUUCCGAUAAUACAAGGAACAUCUAUCAAUGGAUGAACAAUUUUGAAACUGAUCUCAAUCGCGCCGAUACAGCAAGAGCUGAGCUCCCCAAUAUUUCGUUGGAAAAAACACUUGCAUUAAAAUCAUAUACUGACAACUUAAAAGCCUUAGACGAAGCAUACAACGCAUUUAAACAGCAAUUCGAAGCAAAUACAAAUGGCAUUCAAAACGGACCAAAUCUUGUAAACUCGAUUUACGGAUACGAACAACUUAAUUAUAGUGAUUUAUUACAGCCUCUGACAGACAGAAAGGAAACCGACCAGAUGUACUUGGAUGGUGUUUGCUCAAGAACUAAUGAUUUAAUUUUUUUACAGAACUCCUUAAACGAAUACAUCACGAUGCAUCAGAAACUCAAAGGUUACGUUAAGAGUCUUACAGAUUCAAUUUUGGUUCUUAAUUCCCGUGGUGUUCCAGCCAUGAAAAAUUGGGUUGACGAAGAAUUUUCUGCUUUUGUUGACGCCUUCAAAGUAACAGACAACAAAGACACAGAUUCAUUCGGAAACCACAUGAAAUCAUACGAUGGUGGUACAAAGACAUUCCUUAUUGUUUCCAUUAUCGGUGCUGUCCUUGCAAUUGGUGGUCUUGUCAUGAUCAUUGUUUUCGUUCUUGCUCCAAAGAUGAAUAUUGCUAUUGCAGCAUUUAUUUGUGGCAUUGGAUUCAUGAUUUUAUGUUUCGGCAUUGGUGCAUCAUUCGGAACAACAAACUUCUAUAUAUCAUCCGAUGAUCACCUCAAUAAUUCAUUUUCAGACAAAAACGCAUCAGACAAAAACCAAUUUGCAUAUUAUAAUAUCUUUGUUUGUCCAUAUGAUUCUAUCAUUGAAUCCUUCAAUUACCUUGAAACUCAAACAGAAGAAUCUUUCCCAGGUUUCAUUUCUAGUUACAUACAUUAUUCUAAUUAUACAGAUCAAAUCGGACAAUUGAUAACAGAAAUCAUCGACAAAAAACUUCUUACUGUCAAUAACGGUGCUAUUCCUUUCUAUGUAGGAACUGUUAAUAAUCCUAGAUACAAUGCUUCAUACCAACCAAGAUCUCCACCACAGACUAAACAGAUUUCAGCUCUCGAUGAUACAUUUGGUGAACUCGAACCAAAGGAUGGCAAUAACUUCGAAUACACGAAAGUUCUUACAGCUGUAUUUACUUAUACAUCUUCUCCAUUCGUCGACCUUAAAGAUACUUAUGAAAAAGUAAAAGCUCAAUGCAGUAUUAAUGGAAAAGAUGUUGCGGAAGUUAAGGCUCAAAUUACUUCGUGCAAAGAUAAUGUAUCAGACGAAGCAACUAAGACUGCUGUAAACACAAUCGAAUCAAAUGCAUUCUUCAGGACAAUUUCAUCAAAAGAAGAUUAUAAAGCUCUUUACUACUAUGUGAAAAAUGUCCAUGCUUUUUACCAAGCAGAUAACUCAAUUUCAAGUACUAUCAGAAAAUUCUUCGCCCAAAACAUGAACAAAGUACAUAAUACUUUGGUUGAUCUUUACAAUUUAAACAGAACUUAUAUUCAGCCGAACGUCCAAAAUGGUACUGCAUGGUACAAAUUCGAUAGCGCUUCUAAACAAAUCACAACCCAAUCUUGUGCAAAACUUGCAGAACAGUAUUCGGAUAUGAGAGAGAGCGUUUACGAGAAAUCAGCUAAUUACAUUGGUUCGGCAGCAAUGCUCGGCUUGUUCGCAUUAAUUGCAUAUGUUAUUUCUAUGUUAUUCGCUGUUUUCUUCAAACUUUCAUGGGGCAACAGAAUGUCUAAGGACACAUCAUCUGGUUCUUACUCAUACUCAAGCAAGGCUGACUCAAAGAAGAAGAAAGAGGAAGAAAAGAAGAAGGAGAAAGACUCCGAUUCAUCAUCAUUCUCCGAAGAAGCUCCAAGACUUUCUCAGCAUGGUAUGGCAUCUCAGAGAGGUUUGGCUUCUCAAAGACCAUCCACACAACGCGGAAUGGCUUCUCAGAGAGGAUUGGCUUCCAACAGAGGAUUCGCAGGUGUUCCUCCAUCAAGAGGUGGUAACCGUGGAGGUUCAUCAAGCUCUAGUAGCUCGUAUACUUAA